AUGAGCAUUGUUUCUCUGUUUUUAGGACUCAUCUGUGGAUUGCUGUUGAUGUUUUGUUCUCACUGCCCAGGGGCAGGGAAAUGCCAGCUUAUCUGGGGAACAGAUGAACAGUUAAGCAAGGCCAUCCUGGAAAUGCUACAUAUCAAUAAGUUAUCCAUACCUCUCAGGACCAAGCCUCACCACUACAUGAAGUUAGUCUAUCAUCUACGAACCCCACCAGCCUUAAACAGCGAAGGGACUCUUGUGCAGAGUUUCAGGAGCAUCCAAGAUCCAUAUUUUGGCAUUCCAGGAUGGCUGUGGUUUAAUAUUUCUUACCUGAAACCUUCCAUGAGGCUUGCAGAAUUAGUUCUUCUCAGGAAGACUCUACACCCAGAAUCGCUGACAGUAAAUGUUACUGUGCACAGCAUCUCCGUGGUCCAGGGAAAUAUCACAGAAAGCGAAGCCUUAGAUGAGAAAGUGCUGACGUUAGAUGAGCUACCACCAUCUGGUUAUGAUGUCUUUAACAUUUCAGCCAUUUUGAAUGAGACCACCUCAGAUGUAAUAGGCUUUCAGCUACGAUUCACGGACGACAGUGGCAGCUUGGUUCUCCAUGAAGCUCUGACUAAGAGCCUGUACUGUUUGAACAGAUGCACCCGGAGUGAGCCCUUACUGGUGGCUUAUCGCUUCCUGGUGACUGAGCUAUAUGGUGGAAGUAAACAGCAGGUCACUAGAGAAUGCCAACACUGCGGUACAGAGAGAAGGAGAAACUUGCCAGAAGAUUCCAGCCUACAACAGUGCAGCCUUCACCAACACUAUGUGAACUUUCAGACAAUGCAACUGAGCCACUGGAUUCUGGAGCCUCCUGGCUUCUUCACAAGUUUUUGCAAAGGAGAAUGCUCCGACGAAGAAUCUGGAGAGCUCUCUGAAGCACAGCGGGGUGUAAUAAAUAAAACAGAAAACAGGAUGAGUUCCCACUGUGUGCCCCAGAAGCGAUCCUCCAUUAAUGUGAUGUACUUAUCUCAUUCAGAAGAUCUUGUGAUUGAAAGGCUGAAGGAUCUGCGAGUAGAAAGUUGUGCAUGUAAUCAGAUGUUUUGA